UAUGUGUUAGAAAGAGUAUACCGAUUACAUUAUUUUUAUGUGUUGGCCACAUUCGAAGUUGGUAUUUGCCAAGAGCCUGCCAUUUUGUAAGAUAGAAGGGAGAUAAAAAAUAGUUUUAUGGUGUUAAAAUUUUACAAAACCGCCGUUGCCAUUUGUCUUAGGGCCAAAAACAAAUGUUUAAAUGGACGCAUCGUCCAUUAUAACUCAGGUGUCACGGGAUGACGAGCAAUUAAACAAUUAUGGAUCCGACAGAGGGUCAUCCCCUGGCGGCCAGCAUAAUGAGGGGGAUGGUACGCCGGUGUCAGGGUCUGCCCCAUUGGGCAGCAAAAAGUCCAGUGGGAGCGGUGGGUUCCUGCGGUCGUUGCUGUGCUGUUGGCGCGGCGGACGAGGCAAAGGCCCGCCCGGCAGCAAUGGCGCGAACAGCAUCGAUGGCCGAGCCUCGCCGCUCCCUCAGGAGCGGGGGCUCCUGGUCAUGGCGGAGCACGCCCCACGACCCCUGUUGCCGCCAGUGAGACACCAGGACAUGCAUAAAAAGUGUAUGGUCAUUGAUCUUGAUGAGACGUUAGUUCACAGCUCUUUUAAGCCGAUAAACAACGCGGACUUCGUAGUGCCGGUCGAGAUAGACGGCGCGGUCCACCAGGUGUACGUGCUGAAGCGGCCGCACGUCGACGAGUUCCUCCGGCGCUGCGGCGAGCUGUACGAGUGUGUGCUGUUCACUGCGUCGCUCGCUAAAUACGCUGAUCCCGUCGCUGAUCUAUUGGACAGAUGGGGCGUCUUCCGCGCGCGGUUGUUCCGCGACAGCUGCGUGUUCCACCGCGGCAACUACGUGAAGGACCUGAACAGCCUCGGUCGCGACCUCCGGCGUGUCGUCAUCGUCGACAACUCGCCCGCCUCCUACAUAUUCCAUCCUGAUAAUGCUGUACCUGUGGCGUCAUGGUUCGACGACAUGACGGACUCGGAGCUGCUGGACCUGAUCCCGUUCUUCGAGAAGCUCAGCAAGGUGGAGAGCGUGUACACGGUGCUGCGCAACUCCAACCACCCGUACAACGCGGCCGCGCCGCCCUCGCCGCCCACAUAGCGCCCUCCCGCCCAGCGAGCGAACCAAGUCUUAAGUGCCAAUUUUGCCUUCUGGAUAGUGAGGACAUUAUUUCUACCUAUUUUACAUUUUAGGUAUUUCUUAGUGCGUAAGUGGUCUGUAUGAUGGAUUUGUGAUGAUAAUACAUUUUAUUUAACAUUUCCACAAUCUGGUGAGCUUGCAAACGAAAGUGUUCGUAUAUAUUUGGACGUAAACGUAAUUCUAUCGAUAUUUUUCGGGCUGACUAAUGUAUUUUUAACGUGUAUUCUUAAAAUGCAAUCGUCGUUCAUUAUAUUUCAUUUUCAUAACAAUUCGACAACUUAUAUCGUGCUUGGGAUCAAAUACAAAUAAGUUAGGAUAUUUUCAUUGUCGUGGUUGCAGGCUAUCGUACGUUUCCGGUGUUAGGUCACGGAAUAUCGACAUCGACAAACGCGACUUGUCUCAUCCUUAUGAUUUGCAUUCGUCUUGACUAUGUGUAUGAAUGUUUAAAUAUAAAUCGAUAGACUUGUAACAUAAUCACGAAUUCUAAAAUUCGACUGGGAUUUAAGCAUUAGUAUCCAGCACUAGUGAAAUGUGUAAAUAUUUUUAUAUAAGAGAGUAAUGAGGUCGCCGCUUGAAUCAUGGUUAGAAUUAAUAUGAUUAAUGUACAUACAUUUAUAUAUAAACUAUUGGAUGUAAGAGAUCGCUCGUGGCAGAACAAUAGCACUUAAGGUGAAUUGGGUCGCACCGAUCCGUGGCCCGUCUUACAUUGUUAUUCUUGAUAACACGAACUGCUACCGUUUAACGAAUUAUUUACCCGACAAAUUAUAAUUUUAUAAUAUAAGAAUUUUCUAUCUAAUUGUUAAGCGAAAAAUGAUUUAUAUUUAUUUGUGGACAUAUGACUUAAAAUCUGAACGAAGGCAGACAAUCAAUGUAUUAAGAAGUGUAGUACGGGCCACUGUAAGGUUUGUGCACAUUAGAGAGGUGUAUUACCCCACAUUUUCAUGUAACAUAUUAUAAGCUUUAGUGUGUACAUACCUUUGUGUUUAACAGUUAAACUUCCUCCCUAAGUAGUUAUUGCAUUGGUGACAAUAAGAAGUCAAUCGCGACAGUGUCAUAUGAAUGUUUUUUUUUUAAUUACUUAUAAUGGUAAAGAUAUGUUUAAUUGUGUAAUUAAACACGGGUGAAUGUAGUAUCAGAUUAACUUGGCAUCUAAAUGUAUUAAUUAUGCUGUAUAAGCUCGUGUCGAGUACGGGAGCUCUGACUGUUAUUAAAGUCUUCUUGAGUCUGAACACAAAAUAUGCAUUUCGAGUAUAUCCUAAGAUGUUGUUAUGAACACGUACCGAGUACAUGGGCUAUAACAUUCAAGAACGUAUUAACAACCAGAAAUUGUCUGCUCCCAUUAUCUACACGAGCCGAACACGAUACAUGCUUGAAAUAUAAUAAAAUUUCAUCAUCUCAGUAUUAAACUAGCUUUGUAGUAUUUGAUGCCAUUUUUACACAAGAAAAUAAACUAAAAUGAAUAUAGGUAUCUCUAUGAAUUUUAACGAAAUAUUUUUUAUGAUGGCAAUAUUUUUCUAUGGUAAAUUAUUGAAUGUCAAGUAUUACCAACUUGAAGUUGCGACUGCACGGAGGUGAACGCGAUACUAUGGAGUGUAUUAUAUACGGACAAAAUAUCUUUAACUUAUCCAAGUUUAUGCACUUAUUGGUGAAAAUAAAAAAUCUGUACCUAAUAAUUCGGUCAAAGUUGAUCUUAUUUUAACCAUUUUUGGUAUGUUCGGAUUAUGUGUCGUUGUAAGCUCAAUAUAUCCGUCGACAUUAAUAUCGUGUAAAUAUCGCAUAUCCAUGCCUCAAGUGUGGUCGGUAACUAAUAAAAGUUCAACAUUAUAAUCUAACGGACUUACGUAAGAAUUGAUUAAAUUAGGUAAUACUAAAUGGUGCUUUCAGUAUUAGUUGAUUAAGCAGCUCGAAAUUAUUGACUGUUAAGGAAACUACGCACAUUCGGCUAUACAAAUCGGUAUACAAAAUUAUAUAACACAUACUGAGAAACACAUUGGCGGACAAAAUCUAUUUCACUAAGGGCUGAUUUCUCAAUCGCCAGAUAACUUUUAUUUGACGAAUAUGUUAGACGUUUUGACAGCUUUUGCAUUGAAAAUAUGUCAAACGGCCAUAUUUAUUCCUCAGAUAGAAGUUAACUGAUGAUUGAAAAAUCGACCCUAUGACUCCUUGGCUAACCCACGCCAUGUAUUUAUUGUUUUUAAUUGCUUAGCAAAAAGGUUUUAUUGUUUUCGUAUUAUCUUUUGAUGUCGAAAUAUUAUUGUUUUGUAGGAGCUUGUAAAUAAGAUUUUUAUUAACUUAAAACUGAUUGAAAUUGAUGAUUUUUUUUCAAUGUCAAUGUGAAUUGAUCACUUUCUCUUAAUAUACGCGUUAGUUUGUUAUUUAGUGACUACACAGGUGUAUGUAUAAUACCUUAUACAUAUAUAAUAGGUAUAUGUACGCUUAAUGCUAGGUGUAUCCUUAGGCAGAUUCACACAGUUCACUUGUAAUCCACGUCGUCACAGAGGCCAUAUAAGUUAGACAAUUAUAGUCCUCCGAAGCCAAUUAAUACUCCUAUACAGUUUAAAUUAACGGGUGCACAGGAUAAUGAACUUUAUCGCUUAGAAAACACGUCACCAUUUAUGUGAGCACUGACCUCAUUGGGUCUUCAAACUCAAGUUAGUAUUCCGUGCGCCCGUUUAUAGGCUAUACACACACACAUCGAUAACUAGCUUUAAUUCUGUCGGACAUUCAAUAAGCUACACUUGAAUGCCAGCAUUUCUGUCACAACUGUUCUGCAGUCCCGGGCUUCUAUUCUACAAGUGGAUUACACGAUCACACUCAUCUCGUCACCCGUCACCACAUAGACCCACUGUAGACAGCAUUUAUUUGUAAGCAUUAACAUAGACCUAGGAUGUUAUAGUAAUAUAUACGUUGAUUUCUAUAGACUUAAGGAUUCUGUUGUUCUAAAUGACGCGUUUUCUUAUAAAUGUAUUUAGCUUGAUAGGAACACUCCCUGUGAACAUCUUAUUUAAACUUUUAUUAUCAAUUUAUUAUCGUAUUUUUUAUCGUCCAACAAUGUUAUUUAGGAGAAUAAUUGUUAACGUUUAUUUAAAAAAAUGCAUGCAAUAAAGUUCGAUUGAUAUUUUGCUAUUAAUAUCGUAUUUCUUUUUUUUAAUAAUGGGUAUAAAAUAAUACUUUAUGUCUAACAUUUUAGCGAGAUUUGGUAUCGUUGUUGUAUCAUUAAUUUGAUUUUUUAUGUAAUUUAACAUUGGUGUAUAAGGACUUAUGAAAUGAAAAUGUAUAUGCAAUAACUUGUUUUUUAUGUAACUAUUUUGAAUGAGCUUAUUCGUUAAUAUAAUUGUUUGAGAUUGUUUCUAUCGGUGCUUUAUGAGUAUUUUAUUUAUGUGACACUCGGUUUUCGCUCCAACUCAUUUUAGUACUACUCGAUAAAGCUGAAAGGAACUUCUCUAGUAAGCUUUGUUUCCGAUUUUUUGUCAAUAAUUUGGAAAUAUAAAUCUGUCGAAUUCCGCGUGUCACUAAUAUUUUAGUCAAUGAUUGCAGUUGAAAUAAAUGGCUGGUCGGUAAUCAAAUUUAAGCAAUUUGAGUCGUGUAGAUGAGAACAUGGUUUAUCAACAAGCUUAAUUAUGCAACUAUAUCAAUUAAGUGAUAUAAACCUUUCUAUGCGACGUAUAUUGCACUGCAGACUCUUUUCACUUGCACUCUCAACUUUAAUUGCUUGUAAACAAAGUACAAAAUACAAUAGCAUUGCUGGUUAAACGUUACGAACAAAAUGUAUUGAGUCAGUUAUAAAGAUUCUUUAAAAUAAUAAGGUUGUGCUUAUGCUGUACCACAUAUCUUUUGUAAUCGAAUCGAACGGUCAUUAAUUCUUGCCUCUAGAAUGUAAAUUAAAUAAAAAUACUCCCGAAUUUUUAUACAAUUAAUUAACAAUAGCUACCCACCUGUCACUGCCUUAUACGAUGAGAUUGCCCCAAAAUUUAUAGCUGGAGCGGUAUAUAUCGAGUUUAUAAUAAAUCUUAUGAAAUAUUCAUAUAAUAUAUAUUGCUAGAUAACAUAUAUAAAAUUAUAAUAUAUUUUGCAACAUUAUAUUCCCCGUCUAAACAUGGUUAUAGACAGAAAAUAUAUUCAGAUAAAUUACUAUUGUAUUUAUUGACUUUUUUACGCGAGGCUUAUGUGUAAAAUAGAUUUAAAUUAAUUGAUUUGUAUAUCAUUAAAUCAUAUCGCUGAGAAGUAUCUACUCUAUUAAGCCUUUUAACCUUUUCACCGCCACGCUACGUUCGUAUAUUUUUACCAGGCCUGUAUAAUGUUUAAUGCUCAAAACCUUUAUUUAAUUUUAUCCAAAAAACGAAAGAGAUCCACAAUUCGUCCGUGUCGAUGAAGAGGUUAUUUUAUCCCUAGCUAUUAUUUAAUUCGUGAUCACUUUUAUAUUUGUAUAAUUUAGCAUAUGAAAAAAUGAAGUCUAAGCCUCGGGUAAAAAAACUACCAUAGUAUUACCGCUCUCGAUGAAAUUAUAUAAUAGACUAUUCAAGAGUUUUCAAUAUGCUUAACAAAUGUUAUUUCCAGUAUAAAAAAAAUAAUAGUGCAAUAAUCUUCCUUUAAAACAUACAACUCAUAUAAUUCUGGACUUUAAGCUUUAUAAAUAAGAUUCAAUUUCACAUAACAAUGAAUUUUAACAAUAACUAGAAGUUGGCAUAUUGUAGAUAUAUUGUACAGCAUUACAGGACUCGUUUUAUAGAAAUACAAGGCGGUUGUAAUAUGGGUGUGUUAUGUAUUUUUAUAAAGUUGCGUCCGAGUCGGUAUUAUGAACAUUUUGUACCUAUCAGAGACUAGGCACGUGAGAGGACUAUAAUAUAAUUAUAUUUAUGUAAUAAUAGCCAUGAAAGUAAUAGGGGGAGACACGAGAGUAGCUAGGUAACAUUUACCUGAGACGAAAUUUAUAUAAUGGUGUACAUUUUUGAUAUGACGUUGUACAAAAGAGACAUUUGGUAUGUUAUUUUAUAGGAAUGAAAUAAAUAGCCUUAAUAAACAA